AUGGCUCUGAUUGGAUCCGAAAUGGAGCCAUGGGUGGACGAUUUGGCCGACGAUUUACAGAGUGUGAGCUUUACUUCCGCCGGUACCACCGUGAAUCGAAGCCUUAGCUCCGGCUCUCGCUCAUCCUCCUCCGCCGCAGCUCUUACUCCGGCUCCAUCCUUCUCCUCAUCGAAACUCCCUCCCUCACUCCGAUCGUCUCUCUCACUCUCCGAUCUCAGAUUCCGUCUCCGUCUCGGCGCCGGCGACAUCGGUUCUGUUUUCAUAGCUGAAUUAAAAUCCGAAACCGCCGUCGAAACCGUAGGGAAAUUACCGCUCUUAGCCGCGAAGGUGAUGGAUAAAAAGGAGCUCGCGAGCAGGAGCAAAGAAGGUAGAGCGAAGACGGAGAGAGAGAUUCUCGAAUCGCUUGACCAUCCUUUCCUCCCGACGCUUUACGCCGCCAUUGAUUCUCCAAAAUGGCUCUGUCUGUUAACGGAGUUUUGUCCCGGCGGCGACCUCCACGUUCUCCGUCAGAAACAGCCUUUCAAACGCUUCCACGAAUCCGCCGUCAGGUAA